AACCGUGAUAUUCUCACCGCAUUCAGAAAGAAAGCAUUCGUCCAUAAACGGUAUAUCCAUAAAUUAGUCUAAUCUCUUCAAACAGCUUCUGUUUGUAGGCACACGGUGCAGGGCCAGUGUUUGCUCAUUACACUACCGGACCAGAUACGGACUGCUGGCGCUUAAUCGCGAUCAAGGUAGGGUUCAGUCCACUGGAGGUUGCCAAGGUGUAUCGUGGAAAGUUUGUCGAUUAGGGAAAAGUGUUGAAGUUUUGGGAUCUAGCAAAAAAUAUGGAUUCCUCGAGUAGUGCACGAAAUCAAUACUUGGCCACCUUAUGCCUUAACCUCCUCUCGAUAAGUUACGGCAUCUGUUGCGGCUGGACCUCGCCAUCGCUACCGGUUCUCCAGUCGUACGAGUCUCCCUUACCUGAUGGGCCCAUCACCUCCGAGGAAGCAUCGUGGAUCGGGGCAUUCCUGUGCGUUGGAGGCUUUGCAGGAAACAUCGUCUCCGGAUGGAUGGCCGACCGCUUUGGUCGAAAGCUGACCGCUUGUUUGGCAGCGAUACCGCAGAUUAUUGCAUGGAUUUUGGUAAUUACUGCGAAGAAUGUGUACUAUUUGAUGGGUAUGCGAUUUUUGUUAGGAUUUUCCGGUGGAGUUUGUUUCAUGAUUAUUCCAAUGUUCAUAGCAGAAAUCGCUGAGGACAGAAUCCGCGGAAUGCUAGGCUCCACUUUGGUAUUUUCCUGCAACUUGGGAAUUCUAUUGAUGUACAUUCUUGGUGACUGCCUGCCCUACGCUAUGAUACCCUGGAUACUGCUGGUGUUCCCACUUCUGUUUCUCGCAGGGUUCAUACUCAUACCGGAUACGCCUUACUAUUUAAUGAGGAGAAAUGAUUUCGUUAAAUCGGAAAACUCCCUCAGAUUCUACCGCGGCUAUCAUGCAAGGGCAGAAAAUGUUUCCAAUGAGUUUAAAAUAGAGCUGGUGAAACUAAAGGACUCAUUAUACGGCGAUAAACAUAACCAACCGGAGGCUCAUAUUACAUUCCACGAUCUAGUGGCCGGUCAUGCCAGGAAAGCAUUCCUGAUUGGAAUCAGUCUGAUGGCACUCAAUCAGUUCUGCGGUUGCUUCGCGAUGCUCAAUUACACGGCUUCUAUUUUCAGUGAAUCGGGAUCAACACUGUCAGCGAACAUGUCCGCCAUUGUGAUUGGUUCGAUUCAAAUGGUUGGGUCCUACUUUUCCACGGUGCUGGUCGAGCGGGCCGGACGAAAGCUCCUACUGAUAAUCUCGGCCGGUGGCAUAGCAAUUGGGCAGGCCAUCUUUGCCGGGUUCUCCUAUGCCAAAAGUCUCGGUCACAACGUGGAAUCCUUCGACUGGUUGCCCCUGGUGUGCUUCUCGUUCAGCAUCUUCAUCGGUUCGGUGGGUGUCCUAACACUGCCGUUCCUGGUUUUGGCCGAGGUGAUGCCACAAAAGAUCAAAGGAUUCGCCAUCAGCUUCUGCAUGGGGAUUUUGUGGAUUUUUGCCUUCGUUGCAAUCAAGUACUUUUCGACGCUGUUCGACGUGCUUGGAAUGCAUGGCACAAUGAUGCUGUUCUCGGUCUGUUCCCUGGUGGGUGCAGUAUUCGUUGCGCUUGUUGUUCCGGAAACCAAAGGGAAGAGCUUGGAAGCCAUUGCCAAACUAAUGAGCUGAAGAAAACGUAAAUUAAAUGACGACUGUGAUUGUUUUAUUUAGGUUAAUGCAGAAAGAGUGAUUUCAAAUGCAUCUUUUUGAUUCAUUCAUUAUUUUAAAUCAGA